AUGGAGCAGAUGCGAGAUCGAACGCGAGGUCGAGGGAGGGCUGUGAGGAUUGCAGGAGCAUCAGGAAGUGCCUCCGACCGCCGUCAUGCCUUCGCCUCUCUAGCAGCGAACCACCCCUCCGACCCAAUAGAUGUGAUAAUUGGCGACUGGAUGUCCGAAGCAAACAUGACAUCCCUAGUCCUCAAGUCCUCUUCAAAAUCAACCCAAACAGGCGAAGUAGCCUACGAGCGCACAUUCCUCUCCUCCCUCUCCCCUGCUCUCCCAGACAUCGCUCGCUACGGCAUCAAAGUCGCCGUCAACGCCGGCGGCUCAGAUACCCAAGGCUUAUUUCGAGAGGUAUGUAAGAUGGUGCGGAAGAAAGGCUUAGAGAGCAGGGUCAAAGUAGCGUGGAUCGAGGGCGAUGAUGUUCUUCGUGUUGUGAAAGAGAAGCUGAGAGAUUCUGAGAAUAGGAAAGAAAGAGAUGGGAAGGGGAGUAAGUGGCAGAGAAUGAGGAAUGUGGAGAUUAAGGAGGGGAGGUUGAAGGGUUGGAAGGUCUUUGAUGCGUGGAUGGAGGGUGCGGAUGUUGGGGAUGAGGUGAGAGCUUUCCUGGAUGAGGAGAAAGGGGGUGAGAAAGAGGGAAGUGAGGAGGAAGGGGAGCGAGGAAUCGAAGACUUCGAGAAUCUUUGCACGGGAGAGAAACUCCGUGACUGGGCAUUUAAAGAUGACAUUAUAGGUGCACAAGCCUAUCUUGGUGGAAUGGGCAUUGCGAAAGCUUUUACAGAAGGCGCAGAUAUUGUGAUUUGUGGGAGAGUAUCUGAUGCGAGUCCGGUUAUAGGGGCUGCUGCUUGGUGGCAUGGAUGGGAGGCGGAUGAUUUCGACGUCCUUGCGAAAGCGUUCGUUGCUGGCCACAUGAUCGAAUGCUCGACAUACGUAUGCGGUGGGAAUUUCAGCGGAUUCAAAGACUUUGAAGCCAAUGGCAACGGAGGAUGGUUGGACAUUGGUUUCCCGAUUGCUGAAAUUGGGGAGAAGGGGGAAGUGGUUAUCACGAAGCAGAAAGGAACGGGAGGGGUUGUCAGCGUGGACACAUGCAAAGCUCAGUUGCUGUAUGAGAUACAAGGACCCUGGUACUUCAACAGCGAUGUCACGGCUGUGCUGGACGAGAUCAAUUUUGAACAGCUAAGUACAGAUCGUGUUGCCGUUACAGGCGUAAAAGCUCAACCUCCUCCGCCGACGACUAAAAUCGGCAUUACUGCGAGAGGUGGAUUCCAGGCUGAGGUCCACUAUUUUCUUGUCGGACUAGACAUUACAACCAAAGCGAAGAUGUUGGAAAGACAGAUACGGCAUGCCUUGGGUGAUACGAGCAGGUUCCACGUCCUGAAUUUCACAUUGAAUGGUACGGCGGCGGAGAACCCUUCGGAUCAGAAUGCGGCAACAGUCGAUUUCAGAGUCUUUGCGCAGGCGAGGAAUAUCAGAGACAUUUCGACUGAAAGUUUCCUCAGGCCGGUGAUCGACCUGAUUAUGAGCACGUACCCUGGAGCAACGUUCCAUCUCGAUAUCCGACAAGGUUUUCCAAAACCGGUCCAAGAGUAUUAUGUAGCUCUAUUGCCGCAGUCUGACAUUCGCCAGGUUGUGCAUAUGCAGGACGGAAAGAAACAUAUGAUAGAGCCUCCGAGAAAGACUAAUGUUUUUCCCCGGCAGCAGCCGAGUGAGGGAUUGACUGCCGUAGCAAUGAGGACUUGUAGCGAGACGGUUCGCGGACCUCUAGGCUGGCUCGUUCACGCCAGAUCUGGUGAUAAAGGGUCUAAUGCGAAUGUCGGAUUUUGGGUAAGACAUCAAGAUGAGUACGACUGGCUCCGUCUGUUGUUAAGUACGGAUACCAUGAAGGAGCUCCUUGCGAAAGAAUACAACGGGAAGAAAAUCGACCGUUUUGAGCUACCAAAUAUUUUGGCCGUCCAUUUCCUACUCCAUGAUCACCUCGAUCGAGGAGUUAGUUGCUCAAGCACUUAUGACUUUUUGGCGAAGAAUGUUGCAGAGUUCCUGAGAAGUCGAUAUGUCGAUCUACCAAAACGAUUCUUGAAUCGCGGAAAGCUAUGA